CCGCGUGCGCUUCAUUCAAUCUGGAGUGUCAGAUGGUGCAAGAUGCACCGCUUCUUUGUCCUCCUCUACACCCGGACUGUGCAAGUUAACGCUGGAAGGGACCAAUAGUAGUUGAGGGACCUGAGAAGACACGUUUCAGCUGCGCUGAAAGGCUCAUACAGGAUUAUUGUCCUCGUAUCACCAUCCCGUGGAUUUCCUGCUUGUACUACUAAACACGCGCGCUGCGGCUUCCAGAGAAAUAAAGCAAAUCAUUGCUGCUUAAAAUGUGUUAAUUCGGUUUCUUUCUCGCAAGGGAGGAGCAAUGAGAGCGUAAACAACACUGGGUGGCUUUGUUUCUCAGACACGGACCCGUGGAAGAUCACAUUGACAUGUCUUUCAGUGCUGGAUUUGGAGCUACCGUUAUUUCUCCACUAACUUAGGGAAGUGUUGUUCGUAUCUCUUUGACUUUGCAUUACAGCUCAAUUCUACUUUUCUAACAAACACGUGCAGUUUUCUUCAUAUCUUCUUCCUACAUUGUGGAGCGCUUUUAUCGGAAGGGCGUAUUUGAUUCGCGUCUAUCGUCUUUGGAGUGAAGAAAGACCCAUUUAAACCCGUUGCCUCGGCAUUAUCUUGUGGAGUUACAGCAACCCACGUGGAAACACGGACUCGAAGGAGGGCAAGAUGGGCUGUUGCAGUGGCAGAUGCACGCUGGCAUUUAUAUGUGGCAUGCAAUUGAUCAGCAUCCUGGAGCGACAGAUAUUUGAUUUCCUUGGAUACCAGUGGGCUCCGAUCCUCACAAACUUCAUCCAUAUCAUCACAGUGAUUCUAGGUCUCUUUGGGACAAUACAGUUCAGACCGCGAUAUGUGACCGGGUAUGCAGUCUGGUUGGUGCUGUGGGUCGCCUGGAACGUCUUCAUCAUCUGUUUCUAUUUGGAAGUGGGUGACCUUUCAAAGGACACAGACCUGAUUAUGACCUUCAACAUCUCCAUGCAUCGCUCCUGGUGGAUGGAGAACGGCCCGGGGUGCAGGGUGACCCCAGUGACCCCUCCUCCCUCCUGGGCCCCGGAGGACCAUCGCUACAUCAGCAUCGCCGGCUGUCUGCUGGAGUACCAGUAUGUGGAGGUGGCCCACAGUUCCUUGCAGAUUAUCCUGGCUCUUGCUGGGUUCAUCUAUGCCUGUUAUGUUGUGAAGCUCAUUUCAGAAGAGGAGGACAGCUUUGACUUUAUAGGAGGGUUUGAUUCGUACGGUUACCAAGGGCCACAGAAGACGUCACAUUUGCAACUACAACCAAUGUAUAUGUCAAAGUAAAAGGAUAACUGCCUUAUCAGCCAAUCAAAACGAUGAACUGAUGUUUGAACUUGUCUUUCUACGUAAAUGUCUUAACAUGAUAGUGUCUUACGGACUGUCGGAGGAACACAGAACCGAUACUUUAACCUCAAAGACUCCAAGUGGAUUUUCUUUGUCUACGCCCAGCCCUUCCUCCUCCAGAGCGCUGCCGUCAGGCACGAGAGAGCCCUCGUGUGGAGAAACCCCUCAGCAGACUCUCAUCAUUGUGGCCAUUAGCAGUGCAAAACGGAGGAGCAGAUUGAGUCAAUGAUCUACAAUAAGAAAGACUUGAAAUCGUGCAAUGGACCGAAUGGAUAUAGUGUCAGUGUCUCCAACUGACUUUCACGGAAACCAUCCAUACUUAAAGAAUGUUCAUUAAAUAGUCAGUAUGAUAUUAGUUAUCUAUUCCUACAAUCUUUCAAAUGGUGACUUGAGUGGAGAGUCAUUAUUCCAGUUGUGUUUACAAAGGGCGAUUCCAAGCAUUGGAAUGACCGUCGGUGUUUAAUUGCAACCCAAGUAGUUUUUCUUCUUUCUCCUGGAUGUACUUGUCUUGAAAGUGCCAAGAACAGUUACGAAAAA